AUGCUUCCCACCCACUCUGCAGUGUUGGAGGAUGAGAAGCCGUGGAGGGUUGACUUUGAUGAUGGGAACUGCCCCACAUAUCACAACCAGAUCAAAGGCAUUCAUAAUGUUUUUAAGGUGGUUCACAACCAGUUUCCCAAUGUUCCACACAUAUCUCAGGCUCCGGUGCUGAUGCUGCGUCCCCGUGCCUGGAACAUGGUGGAGCACAACAUGAUGGUGGAGGGGAAGGAGGCUCCUGGUCCUCUCUUUGACUUUGGACUCCUCAUGUUCCACUGUGGAAAGACCCUGUUUAAAAACCAGAGUGGACCCUUUUUCUACCUCUCAAAAGUGGAGAGCUUAAUGGAGGCAAGACUAUGGAACAAGAUAUUUGUCUGGACACAACAGAAGCUGGGCCUGCCACUGGGCUGCAUCAAGGCGACGGUGCUGAUUGAAAAUGUAUUAGCAGCCUUCGAGAUGGAGGAGAUUCUCUACGAGCUGCGGGACCAUUCAGCAGGACUCAACUGUGGCAUCUGGGAUUAUUCUGCCUCCUUUGUCAAUAAGUUCGGUCACCGACAGGCCUUCCUCCUUCCCGACCGCAGUAAAUACGUCAACAUGGAGAAGCGAUUUCUGCGCAGCUACAUGGACCUGUUGGUUCAGACGUGUCACCGGAGGGGAGCACUGGCCACAGGAGGCAUGGCUGCCCUGCUGCUGCCUCAAGACCCGCUCAGUGAAUCCUACAGGAGAGUGUUGGAUACUGUCACCAGACUAAAGUUGCUGGAGAUCAAGGCAGGUGUGGAUGGUUUCAUGGUAUAUGACCUGAGUUUGAUUGAGCCCAUGCAGAAACUCUUCAAGCUCCACACUAAAGGUGAUAAUCAGCUUCUCCAGCUUCGAAAUGAUGUCACUGUAUCUCCUGAUGACCUACUGUCCAUGCCUUCGGGAGGAGUCACCCUUUAUGGUUUGAAGUAUAACAUUGCAGUUGGAGUCCUCUUUAUUAAUGCUUGGCUAUCAGGUAGUGGCCACUUUUUCUACAGAGGCCAGGUCGAAGAUUCAGCCACAGCAGAGAUUUCCAGAUCACAGGCAGGACAAGGAGAGACUGUUUAA